AACCGUCUCCCCUGACAGCAGCUAGUCGCUAAGAUGGCGGCCUCUGAGGGGAGCGGGCCUGUGGACCCGGACUCGUUGCUCGGCCUACAGCAGCCGGGUGAGACCUUACCCCUUGGGAAGCAAACGGGGAGGCCCGUCUCCGGGAGGCCCGCGGGCCCCCGUAUCGCCGGGGCUGCGGCAUCGCCUCAAGGGCGGGAAGCCUUUUCUCCUGCAGCCCAGGACGACGGCCGCGCGGCUUCUCAUCCCCACUUCCCGGCUCGGGGCUUCUGCUCAGCGACUUCCGCUUCGGCUUCGGCGGCCCCGCCGGUGUCCAGUAUCCCGCACGACGCGGCGCAGCGGCUGCAGAAGGUGCCCCGUGUUCCCGCCAGGCUCCUGCCGCCCAAGGUAUAAGAAAUAAGCCUGUGGGGUUUAAGUGGGGGUUUUUCCUGAGGGGUGAGGGGGAUCGCUGAUGCUUAAGUCGUUGUUGUUGUUGUUGUUUAGUCGUGUCCGACUCUUCGUGACCCAAUGGUCCAGAGCACGACAGGCACUCCUGUCUUCCACUGCCUCCUGCAGUUUGGUCAAACUCAUGCUGGUAGCUUCGAGAACACUAUCCAACCAUCUCGUCCUCUGUCAUCCCCUUCUCCUUGUGCCCUCCAUUUUUCCCAACAUCAGGGUCUUUUCCAGGGAGUCUUCUCUUCUCAUGAGGUGGCCAAAGCAUUGGAGCCUCAGCUUCACGAUCUGUCCUUCCAGUGAGCACUCAGGGCUGAUUUCCUUCAGAAUGGAGAGGUUUGAUCUUCUUGCAGUCCAUAGGACUCUCAAGAGUCUCCUCCAGCACCAUAAUUCAAAAGCAUCAAUUCUUCAGCGAUCAGCCUUCUUUAUGGUCCAGCUCUCACUUCCAUACAUCACUACUGGGAAAACCAUGGCUUUAACUAUAUGGACCUUAAGUCGUAGAAUGGUUAAAUUGCUGCUUGCGGGGCGGAAGGCUGUUGCUAUUUAUUUAUUUAAUAAAUUUAUAUACCGCUUUUAAUCCGAAGAUCCCAGAGCGGCUUACAACAUAAAAACACAAAAUACAUAUUAUUAUUAUUAUUAUUAUUAUUACUACAGUAUUGUUAAGUAUUUGGUGUUUUUAUGUUGUAAGCCGCUCUGGGAUCUUUGGCUGUAGGGUGGUAUAUAACUAUAAUAAUAAUAAUAAAUUAAUAUAGGGUCACCAAAGUGCUGCUUUACAUGGGUGCAAAUGGUUUAGUGUCCUCUGAAUGACAGAGAGAGCACUGGAAACUUAAGGUGUCUUGGGAGGAAAAGAAAUUCUGGAUCUCCUGUAUACAAAGCAGGCACGCCUUUGAAGCAGUAGAUUUACCAGAGAGCAGUGCUUACCCAUCACAACCUCGCCUGGGGUGGAGCUUCCCCAAAGUUGUGAACUUCUUUGGGGAACAUCACCAAAACUUGCUUAGCUCCGACACCCUCCAGCCCCCCAUCAUGCCCAGGACACCCUGCCCUCCCCCCCCGCCCUCUUCCACUACUGCUUUCUGCCCAUUCUAAAGUUGCACAAGCAUCUGCUCCCUCUGCUGAACUGAGGGGUGUACCAUAAAGAAAUGAAAGGAGAUUCCCAACUUUCACAAAUCCCGUCAAUUAAUUUCCCAUGGAUGAGACACCUACUGACCACGCCAGACUUUUACCCAGCAAUCUGCUUAACAAUAGCAGGUCAGUUAGCAGUUAAAACCACAUGAUUUCUCCCCUUCCUGCCCUUGAUCUCCUUCAGGUCACUAUUAAAAAUUUACUCCACUCCCCAUAAAACCUUAACUUUAAUCCUUACAAUGAUAUUGUUGGUUUCUAUUUCCUUCACUGAGCAGCAACUGCAGUCACAAGACAGGUGUUUACAUUCCACAGUCUGUACUGUUGGAGUUUCUCACGGGAAAGGGAGACUGGAUGUGACGUACACUGGUUUCCUGUUUUUCACUGGGUGAUUCUCUCCAAGCUGUUGAGGAGAGAGGAUGCUCUUUUCUGCUCCUGCAGAGGCAAGAUGUCUUUCUGUAAUAUACCAGCUUUGAACUGUAAAUAAAGCUAUAUAGAGUAUGCAGCACAUUUUCCUCAUCCUUCCGCUGGACUCUGCUUUAAAUCAACACGUGGUUAUGGACUCCAGAGGUCGAAUCGAAGUGCCGGCAGAGGAUCGGAAUGCAGAGGGACGGAUCGGAAAGGAAUCUGCUCUGCGCGUAGAAGUGAUUGAUGAGGUAUGUGCUACUGCUCCGGGCAGCCUGCCAGCUUCAAGUUAAUGGCUUUAUGGCUGGACUUUGAACUUUUAAAGCCGGUUUUGCCGGGAAUAGGCAAAAGGCUCCCAGGCACAAGUCACUAUGCUGGGGAAAUCAGAACUAAGUGUGCCUUGUAGGCAGCUGCAGCAGUGACGCAGCAAGAUUUAAAGCAGCAUAUGACGCUGAAGGCUAAUGCCAGAGUCAUGAUGGCCCUUCAGGAUGCUUGUGGGAUUCCUAAGCUCAACAAGAAAAAUUACAGCGACUGGGUUCAGUAUGCAGAGGCAAUUCUGCGGAAAGAGGGUUUGUUUGAGGUGAUUACAGAAACCCCCCCAGUUCCAGUUACAGAUGCAUGGGAAGCUAAGGAUUCCAAAGCAAGGGGAACUCUUACAUUGAUAGUAUCCCCAGAAGAGCUCUGUCUAUUGCGUGAGAAGACCUCAGCCAGAGAAAUUUGGGACGCUCUGAGAGAGGCUCACUUAAGGACAGAAGCUGGAUCCACUAUGUAUUAUUUUAACAAGCUGCAUAAUAUGGCUCUUGCUGAAGGUGGAGAUGUGCGUUUACAUCUGAUGCAGAUGCAAAAUCUGAGGCAUGAGCUGCAACAGAGAGGACUCAACUUUCCAGAGGCUGUGUAUUCUUUCAUGAUACUACAAUCUUUGGGUUCAGGUUGGGAGUCUGUUGCAACCCAGAUUGCUGUGCAACCAACUGCUCAGCUGACAGUGGACUUUGUUACUGCCGUGAUUUUAAAUGAAGCAGAUCGCCGGGGUGCUAGCUGCAUGGGCAAGGGGGAGUCUUCACAGACGUCAUCCCAUAGUGCAGUGGAACCACCAGAUGGCGCCAAAGCUUUGGAGGCAGUGAAAUGCUACUCGUGUGGACGUCUAGGCCAUAUGAAGAGGGAAUGCAGAAAUCCCAGGGCCAAGACAGAGCAGCGCAGCGAAAGCUCAUCGCGUGGAAAAGGCCGAGGCAAAGGCAAAGGUCCGGUGUCUAGGACAACGCAGCACAAGGCUAUGGUUUCACGCUUCACUCCAAAGGUUGCAGAGGUCCAGAAGACGUCUAGAUCUUUCUUCGUUGUUGAUUCAGCGGCCACCCACCACAUGUGCAACGAUAAGAAACUGUUUGUGUCUUUUACACCGCAGGAAGGUGCGAUUCACCAGGCGGAUGACCACACUAUUCCCAGUAAAGGCUACGGAACUGUUGUUCUUCACAGUUUGGACUUAUCGAUACAGAAUGUGCUUUACGUGCCAGACGCCAAACAUAAUCUGCUCAGCGUUGGACAGCUAAAUGAGCGGAACAUUGACGUUUCCUUCAAGAACAAGAAGUGCAUCAUCACAAAGAAAAAUGAUUAUGUAUUGCAUGCAGAAUAUGUUGAUCAUUUGUUUGUUUUGUAUUAUGAUGAUGUGGUGCAGGAUGACACUUGUUGCAUUGCAGGUUCUAACAAAAGUUUGCAUGCAGAAUGUAUUCACGAUUUUCAUCGCAAAUUUGGUCAUUUGCAUUUUGAGGCAGUAUCUAAAAUGCCUGCCUUGGUUGAAGGUAUGACUAUUAAACCCUGCAGGUACCACAUGAAGUGCAAAGCAUGCGCAGCAAACAAGGUGAAAAUGGCUGCGAAAGGUAAGGUGUCUAGUAGGAAAGCUACAGAACCAUACCAGGUUGUUCAUGCUGAUUUGGUUGGACCACUAGCGCCUCUUUGGGUGAAAAUAGAUACUUCAUGGUUCUCAUUGAUGCAUUUUCUAGAUAUAUUUUUGUGUACAAUCUCAAGCAGAAAUCGGAGGCUUUUCCUAGGUUCAAGGAAUUCUGUGCUUGGUUGGAAAAUGUGCAUGGUAAGAAGAUAAAGACUCUUUUCAGUGAUCGCGGGGAAUUCACUUCUCAGCAGUUUGAAGCUUUUCUGACUGAGAAAGGAAUUCAACACGAUUUGUCUAGUCCUCGCUCGCCAUGGCAGAAUGGACUUGCGGAACGGGCAAAUCAGACUUUGCUUCAAGGGUUAAAAACCUUGCUGCAUGAUGCCAAUCUUCCAGAGAGUUAUUGGGCCGAAUCUCUCUCGUGUUUUGUUUACAGUUACAAUCGCAGGCUAUCUUCAGCGAUUGGUUGUACCUCUAUGAGAAGAUGUUUGGCAAGAAGCCAUACAUCAAACACAUGAAGAUUUUUGGUUCUGACAUGUGGGUUCGCUCACCACAAAACUCCAAGUUAGACAAGCGUGGAUUGCAUGGUAUCUUUCUAGGUUAUCAGAAAGGGUCUUACAGAAUAAUGAUGACUGACUCUAAGACAAUUAAGCUCACGAGAAGUGUUGAGUACAAUGCAAAGUGGGUGGAGAAUGUGGGAAUUUUCCAAUGUUAUCCUGAUGACGGUGAUGAGACUGAGGAUAGUCAAAAGCAACCACAACAACCCACUCCCACUGAUGAAGGUUCUGAGUCUGAAUCUGAAACUGAAUCGGGUGAUUCAGAGGAUUUCGAGAGUGCGAAAGCCUCUAUGCGACCCUCUGAAAGCUCUGAUCAAGAAUUGGAGGAACCAUUGUUCACAAUAGGUCGUUUUUCUCCUAAGAAGGAAGAGGAGAGUGUUGAAGACUUAAGGCUAAUUCGUAGGUCACAGAGAGCUACAAAAGGCAAACCUCCAAAGAGAUUUGCUGAUGAGUUUGCUACGAUAGCAGUAACAGCUGUUAAAAGCUCCAAGAAGGUAUUUGAACCUUCAAGUUUCCAAGAAAUCCAGGGUUUGGAUUCAAAGGAAGCUAAGCCAUGGUUAAAUGCCAUGAAGGCUGAGCUUGAUUCCUUAGAAAGGAACAAAACAUGGGAGCUAGUUCCAGUAGUUCCAGGAAUGAAACUGCUUGAAGCAAAUGGGUCUUCAAAGCGAAGACAGAUCAAAAUGGCAAGAUAGUCAGACACAAAGCCAGAUUGGUAGCCAGAGGUUUUGCACAGGUACCAGGUGAAGACUAUCACGAGACCUAUUCACCCACAGUGAGAUAUGAAAGCAUUAGGCUUAUGCUCAAGCUAGCUGCAGAGGAAAAUCUACACAUUAGUCACCAUGAUAUCAAUACAGCUUUUCUGUACGGAUCUCUAGAUGAAUCACUUUAUAUGCUUCCACCUGAUGGCGUACAGGUAAAACAGGGAUUUGUUUGUGCUCUGAAGAAAUCCCUUUAUGGUCUCAAACAAAGUGCACGGUGUUGGCACACAAAACUCACUGAAGUAUUGUUUUCUCUAGGUUUUCAGCAAGGGAAAGCUGAUCCAUGUGUAUUUAUCAAAGAGGAGGGGCAAAAGAAACUGUACUGUUUGUUUUAUAUUGAUGAUUUGUUAUUCUUUUGGAAAGAUGUCGCAAUGUACAAUAACGCCCUAGCUCAACUGAAAGAGCACUUUGACAUGAAAGAUCUUGGUGAGGUAAACAACUACCUAUCUCUAGAAAUAGAGAGAGAUCAAGAUGGUAACAUUCUAGUACACCAGUCACGGAAAAUUGCUGAUGUGUUAAGCAAACUAAAUCUGAUGGAUGCUAACCCUGUAGACACACCGAUGACAACAGGUUAUCAGGUAGAUGACACUGAAGAAGCAUUUUCUGACACUACACUGUACAGGAGUGUGCAAGGCAAGCUAAACUUCAUUGCCAGAUGUUCAAGACCAGACAUUGCUGUUAGCUGUAAUUUGCUAAGCAGACAAGUCAACAAUCCUAGUGUCAAGGAUUGGAAAGCUCUGAAACGCAUAGCGCGGUAUUUGAAAGGCACUAUGCAUUACAGACUGAGAUUUAACAAUCAGAAGUCUGGUGGUCUUGAGAUAUUUGCAGAUGCAAGUUUUGGAAGUGACACUACAGACAGGAAAAGUACGUCUGGAGUUUGCUACAUGUACAAUCAGAGUCUGUUUGAUUGGUCAUGCAAGAAGCAAACAACAAUUAGCUUAAGUACUUGUGAAGCUGAACUGAAUGCACUGUCUUAUUCACUUAAGGAUUGUGAAUGGUUAGUACAAUUGUGCAAAGAUAUGAAAAUUCCUGUCAAAUGUCCAAUCCAGGUUUACCAGGACAACAAAGCAUGUUUGGCUUUGCUGAAGUCUGAAGGUUGUAAGCAAAGCACAAAGCACUUGCAAUUAAAGUUGCAGCAUGCUAGGGAAUGUAUUCAGAAGGGACUCGUAACGGUGUCCUAUAUGCCAGGUAAUGAAAUUCCUGCUGAUGUAUUGUCCAAGAUUGUAUCAAGGGAUCAACACUGUACCUAUGUGCAGAAGUUGGGUUUGUACUGAUAUUGUGCAAACACGCUGCCCAGUGAUGUUCACAGAAAGGGGGAGGAUGUUGGUUUCUAUUUCCUUCACUGAGCAGCAACUGCAGUCACAAGACAGGUGUUUACAUUCCACAGUCUGUACUGUUGGAGUUUCUCACGGGAAAGGGAGACUGGAUGUGACGUACACUGGUUUCCUGUUUUUCACUGGGUGAUUCUCUCCAAGCUGUUGAGGAGAGAGGAUGCUUUUUUCUGCUCCUGCAGAGGCAAGAUGUCUUUCUGUAAUAUACCAGCUUUGAACUGUAAAUAAAGCUAUAUAGAGUAUGCAGCACAUUUUCCUCAUCCUUCCGCUGGACUCUGCUUUAAAUCAACAGAUAUGACAAGUAGAUAAACGUGUAUAAUAGUAGUUUCAGGAGUAUGCAAGCUAGAGUAUUUAUUUUUUUAAAAAAAGGGUCAAUUGUGCUACAAUUUCUGACCAAUCUUGACUUGGAUAAAAGGAGACUUUUAAAAACUAGUGUGUGGUGAUCUAGAUCAGUUUCAUUUUCAAGAAUGUAUGGGAAACCUUAUAUGAUUUUGUGCUUAAACAAGCUUUAUUUUUUCUUACAGCCAUUGGAAACCAUCUGUGUCCAAGUACAGCCAGAACAGAAAAAAGAGAAAGAAAGAUCAGAGCGGUCUCAUGCAGCAAUUCAAAGAUCAAAAAAUGUAACUCUGAAUCAGCCACUUGAGAAAAAUUCCAGGAUUGUAGCACUCAGUGUUAUUAACCCACAUAUUGCUACAGUGCCUAGACCACAGCAAUUUUUGUUAUAUAAAUCUUCUGAACCUACCCUUCAGCUGCUUCUGCAGAAGCCUUUACAUCCUCUUGGACAAGUUUCCUCAGGCAAGAUAACACAUGAAGUACUCAAUGGCCUCGCUGUCAAGGGACAGGAAAACAUAUCUGUUGCAAUAGCUGCUUCAGAUUCUCCAAAUGUUACUCGCACCCCAUCUUGUUCAGCAAAUUCACUCACAAACCACGAGAAGAAAUACAAAUACAGAGUUAAAAAAUCUCUAAAAGUGAAAACUCGUUCUGGGCGGAUUUCAAAGCCUCCCAAAUAUAAAGCUAAGGAUUACAAAUUCAUUAAAACUAAAGACUUGGCUGACUGUCACCAGUCUGAUUCUGAUGACUAUGCUGAGCUAAGUCUAGAAGAUGAUGAAGGAGGCGGCAAGGAGAAGGAAGUGUGCUCGUUAUUUGGUCCCUUGAACUAUGACCUGAAGCCAAAAUCGUUUAAAUGUCAAAGCUGUGAAAAAUCCUACAUAGGAAAAGGAGGAUUAGCACGGCAUUAUAAACUUAAUCCAGCUCAUAGGCAGGAAGAAUCUUCACAAUCUUCUCCUAUAAAUAGAGAGUUGCUGGAGUGUACUGGGCAGACAAGUUGUGAAAGUGUACAUCAGACGCUUUCACCACCACCAAUUAGUGCCCCUUUAAUAAAUGAAAUUGGAUCAGCUGUAGACUUGAAAAAUAAUCUUCCUAUAGAGAAUAAGCAACAGGUAAGAGAAAUAUAUAUUUAUUUCUAUUUCAAAUUAUCCAGGGAAUGGUCAGCUCAUGCCCUCUGCCUUUCCAGAGCAAGCUGGAUCUCCCUUUGCCACUUAUCUAAAUCCAGUUCAAGGCUUCAGGAAUCUAUACAAUAGGCUUCACUGAAUGGCAUUGCUGGAAUAUUUUAAACAACUGCACUAUUGACGCUUCUAAUUCUAAAAGCUAGUAGCUCAUUAAAGUUAGGAGAAAAACAGAUGUAUGCCAUUCUUAUCCCUGCAAUAUGAAGAGGGAAUUAGUCUGGGAUAGAGGCUGCUGGUAACGUUUAAGUAUUUAAUGGACAAUCUAUUCUAAAGGCAAUUUCUAAUCAAUGUAAUGGGGAAGCAUACCAUACAAAAACUCCUUUUCAUGAAUGGCAUUUAUCAUAUGAAAGCAAUACAGUGCUGUAUUGAUACAUGCAUGUCUUAAAAGAUCUUUAAAUACUGUGAAUUAGUGGUCAUGAUUACUGGAUAGAUAAGGUAACUGGUGUAAAAGUGUUGCUAGUAGUCUCAUUGCCUUCCUCCUUCUGAAUUGCAAGAUUCAUUUUGAAGCUUCCUUGCAAGUAGCAAGCAAAUGAAAACUGCUUACCAGCUGCAGUAAUUCCAGAGGCACCAUUGUUUUGCCUUGUUGCUCUAUCAGUGCACCUUACCGUGUCAAAAAGUAGGUUGUCCUUGUUUCUGGAAGUAGACAGGGUUAUGUGAAAAUAAAUCCUAAAACAGCAAAGUUAGCAGCACAUGCAAACCAUAAUGAUGUGACAUCGCGGUGCAUUAAAGGUAGGAGAAAAGGAAUUUGCAAUCUUCCUUGUCUUGAAGUGACAUGUGGGAAGUAUAUGUGUCUUUUAACUCUGUUUUAUAGGAUAAUGUUAGUAUAAUGAUUCCAAACUGAAAAAUUAAUACAGUCAAAUUUAAUACAAAAAUUAAUAGUCAAAAUUAAUACAAAAAAUUAAUACAGUCAAAACUGUUUAAAGCAUUCUUAUGAACAUUUUUUAAAGUAUUCUACAUCUACAGAAGAUGGAAAGUUAAUAGAACAUCAAAACACCGAUUUAUUGUAUUUGGGUCCUGGAAGACCCCGACAACCAAGAAGGUGUGGCCGACCAAAGAGAGCUGAAAGAUCAAGGUAUUCUGGAAGAUACAGCAGACGCAGUCAGUUCUCUUCAAAGUGUCUUAAUAAUAUGUCAGCAGAGCACCACAGUAUACUUAGAAGGAAAGCUAGGCUAAAAGAGGUAUGGUUCCUUUUCACAAUUGGUCAUGCUCACUUGUCUAGUGAUAGUUUCUCCAUUAGGCUACAGUGCUCACAAUACAAUCUUAAGCAUGUUUACUGAGAAUUGGGUCUCAAUGAGCUCAGUGGGACUUACACCUUGGUAAAAAAAACUUAGGAUUGUGAACCUAGAGAGGCCUGGAUGCUUCCCCACUUCUGAACUAUCUGGCCCUCUGGAUUCACACCAGUACGUCUCCUCACCCUCCUUGAGUGACUUUGCCUAGCUGGAAUGUGCUGUUGUACCUUAAUAGUACCUUACUUACUUGAAUGGAGGGAUAUGUGUGUGCAUGUGUGUUGAAACCUAUGACUUUUGUGUAGUUGGAAAGAGAUCCUACAGUAACCACUUUUGCCAGCCGCCCUUGCCGCCAUUGCUGUAUGGCUUCAAGAACGUUGCUCAUGAGGAAAUGCUGCCGCAGGAUUGACAAAGGUUCCCCAUCCCUUAGUUAGACUCAUCCAUUUAAAAUAUUUUGAUAACUUGAAAUGGUGUCUCAGUUGGGCAACACAUAUUCCUGAAAUUAUUUUUGAUAUAAGUAUAAAAUGGGGAGAUGGCUGGUGCUAUCUUAUAAGAACUAUCCCUUUCUCUUCAAGCAGGAUGAAAUGUUUCUAAGGGUGCCUGCUGUUUCAUCUAAGAGGAAGCAUGCCUUUCUCAUCAAAGCUAUUUAUACAAAUGUGACCAUUUAUGCAAAUUCAACCAUUUAAAACUCCUACAACUUAUUUAGUUAUCUGGUGAAAGACUUACUAUUUUUUCUUUCAGAAUCUGCCAGCUAAGAUUCUACUUGGUAGCUAGGCUUUCAUGUAGUAAAUGAGGCUUGAAAACUUGGAUAAAGUGUCUGCCCAUGGCAAAAUAAUCCAAUUGUGUGUGCUUCAAACAAGUUGUACAUGUUUUCUGCAUUAGUUUUGAUCAUCUCCGUGCAGGAAGAAUGUUGUGUGAGUUGGACCCUAGAUCUCACUGCUGGGAUUUAAAAAUUGAAUUUAUUCUGGCAAUGACCCUAAGAACUGUCUCCUAACAUUGACACUUCUCAGUGAUUUAUCUGUUUUCUAUAAUAAAUUGCUCAGAUAUCAUGCAUUUUUCUUUGUUCAUUUCCAUGUAUUUAGACUUGGCGUUUUAGCGAUUUGACUUUAUGGCUUCUCUAAAGAAAUUAUUAUGGUCUUUAAUAGCUGAUUCAGCAAUGUGCCAAUGAAGAUUUUAUGGAGCUGGCUCUUCCACGCUUUACAACACUUGUUACUGUAUCUGAAUUCCUAUUGAUGAAGGUAAGAUACAUCUUGCAAACUUAGUAUUUAUUAUUCAUUUAUUUUGUGCAUUUUACACUAUCUGCAAAUGUGGAUUUAAUUUCCUAUAGUCAAUCUCUUUAAACUUGAGUCUCUCAUGGGGGUCUGAACAAAAAUUGGAUGAAACCAGAUUAACCAGGAGGAGUACAAGGAAUUACAUGGUGGAAGAUUGAAGCAGUGGGACACAUCACUUUCCCUGCCCUAUUUGAAGUUAUAGUUUAGGGGAAAGUCAACAAUUUUAUUUCACUCUUUAUGGAAAUAUAGAUUAGUACAGUAAGUUAUUCCAGUGAGAUAUUUUACUCAUAACAGGUAGAUAGGAGUUAUGGUUCUUAACAUAAUCUUCCUAGACCUUGAACCACAGCCUCUGUUGUCUAGUUUUCUUAACUCCACAGUCCCUACUUCUCCAGCCUCUGUUUAACAUAAGAUCAAUUUAAGCCAACAGCAACCAGAUGGACUGACAGCUGUCAUCCAAACCAAUGUGGUCAAGAUAGGGGACUUGAUGGAGAGGUUCAAAUAGUGCUUUCUGCCUUUAAUUGCCUGUUACUUGUUUGCAUUAUAAUAGGCUUGAAUGAUACUUAUAGCACGUGAUUGUGAAUUUGCUGAUAUUCAUGUAGCUUUUGUUCCCAACCAGGUAAAAAAAAAUUAUCCAACAAAAGCACUUUUUCCAGAAGUAUACCGGGAAUUUGAAGAGCUGCACACUAUAGUAAAGAAAAUGUGCCAAGACUAUUUGAGUACUCCUGAAGUAAACAACCCUCUGGCAAUAAAAAACCCAAAGGUAUGUUGGGUAGUUCCGUGUGUGGCUGUGAAUCAAGAUCCAGUAGCUAAACUGAGUGCAGCAGGUGAAACUGAACACAUUUUCUUUAAAAGAAGGAGUGUGAAGAUAAAUAGCAAAUACUGAAGAUAAGCAGAAAUUAAGUACAUCUUAUUCUAUAUUUGCGCUUCUGUCUUUUGCUUUUAGGCCUACUUGCUAAGAUCAAAUAUAGUACCUUGGAGUAAAAAACAAUCACAAUAGCUAAAUAAUUUUCUGGUAAAGCAGCUUUAUUUACAAACAUGAUACUCAAAAUAUUAACAAAGAAGACUUGGUAAGGUCUAAUAAAACCAUCCUCGAAAUAAUGCAGGUACAUGCCCUGCUGACUGUAAAUAAGAAUUUUGAAAUAAUGAAAUUUACUGUGAAUAAAUUGUGUAUUACUGGUCUAGGACAAAAAUAUUGUGUCUCAUCUUUCAUAGGUGGCUGAAUCUCUAGGAAUUAUAGGCAGUGAUCUUGAAAUGCAAAUGGUUCAAACAAUAGACUCUUCACCUGAGUGUAUUAAAAUUGCUGAUGCACCUGUAUGUACAGAGAUUCUGGGACAGAAACGAGCAACUGAGGUAUAAAAUAGGUGAAUUCUGCCACAUCAAUAAUACUGUACAAACCUUGUAGCAUAUUUAACUUUUCUUGUGCUUUUUUGUUUGUAAAUGUGUUGCUGAAAAUAAGCUGUUGCAUAUUUAAUCUUCCAUACAAAAUUGGUCUUUAUAAGCAAACCAUACUUUUUUGGCAUAAGUUCAUUCACUUGGAUUCUUGUGUGGCACAAAGUGCUGCCAAAUGAACAGAGCUUUUUAAAAUACUGGAAUAAUUUUAAAAAGUUGACAUUUGAUAAAUAGGCUGGUAAGUUUAUUUUCUCUCUCAACAGGGUUCAGAUGAAAUGUUGCCAUUUGCAAAAAAGAUCAGAGCUGAAAAUUUGUUAGAAACUGUGACUAUCAGUUCAAGUCAUGGUGAAAUAAAGGAAAGAAGUCCUGCAUAUGAAGGUAGUGGUAUGUGAAUUCUAAUAUCUCCAUUCUUUCCUGAAGAUAAAAUUACGUGCAAAUAGCUAGGAAGCUGAAAGAAUACAAUGACCCUUUAAAUUGUAGUGGUAUAAGUCUAAAAAUAAUGUUGAGUAGGGAGAGAGAAAAAGGAAACUUAGCUAAAAAUUUGCUGUAUCCUUCACACUUGCAUUCUCCUUUCUUGCCAAGGUACUUAAUGCAUAUGUUUUCCAAAAGUUGUUUCCCCCCCCUUUAUUGGUGAUUUGAAUCCAGAUUUCACUAAAUGAAUGUCAAUACUGCUGUUUUAGAAACACAAGCUUAAAGCCCCAUUGGGCGUACAAAACUAACUAUACUUUUGUUUAGCUCUCAACCUAUUUUGGAAGGAAAUGUGAUAUAAUGCAAGUAUUUAUUAUUGGUAAAUACUCCACCACCUGGGUACUUCAGGGAUAAAUGUUAAUGCUGCCAAGCAGAUUUUAAAAAAAAAUCUGUUGCCAAAGUAGAAGCUGUUUGUUUAUAAACUAUUGAUUCUAUUAUACUACUUAAUGCUUAAUAUUAUACUUAAACAGCUUAAUUUUUUAUAUGGGUAGCAAAGACCACAUUAUAUACCACAAUCAGGUGGUAUAUAAUUUUUAUGAAAUAAAUAUUUUAUAAAACACUUCAGUUUUUGUCUGUUUUGAAAAGCAUGCAUGUAAACUGAAGUUUUGUGUUUUUUAACUUGAUUUUUUUAGGUUUCCCCCCAGAACAGAACUGCGGAGCAAACAUUUGCACUGGAAAUACAUUACAGCAAAAGGAGCACCACAAAUCACUUGAACUAGAAGCUUCAAAUGAGAUUGCAGAUACAGAUCAGUUCCUGCAAGGGAAGGCUGAGGUCUUACAACCUUCAAGUGUAUCAGGGUUGGAUUGUUCAGGCUACCUAUUCUCACGGAGUGAAAGGUUGCCACUUGCCAGUUCAGAAUGUUCACAAGAAAAGAUGGUGGCAGCGUACUCGGAUAAUGCAGCAAGCGGAAUAAGUGUGUUUGAGAUUUGUAACUCCACAGCAUCAAAAAAAGCAAAUCAAAAUCCUUGUCAGUGCAUGAAGAAAGCAAUCAUAAUGAAAAAUAUCAAGAAUCUCAGGAAGAAGCGAGGAUUUUGUCAUUAAUAGAUUGUGAACAUCCUAGGGUAUCUGAUUAAACAAAAUCUUCCCAAAUUAGUAACAUGGCAGUAGCGAAUCCAUUUGGGUAUCAAUGAGAUAGUGUUUCUAUAUGAUCUUAGAAAACUCAUUGACAGUCUAUUAAAAAGAUGACUGGAUGAGCUAGAAACUCUUUUCUAGGGAUAUGAAAUAGUUCAGGCUUUGCCUCAUCCUGGUGCUGCUGUCUUUUUCAACCAGUGUUGUAACCAAAUUGAUGAUCCUGCUAUGCACUUACACAUUCAAGUUCUUUGGAAAGUACAGAGGCUCUUUUAACAACAUUGAACUUGCUCAGAGUAAAGCCAUUAUGAAAAUAUAUGGGUUUUUUAAAAAAAACUUUCUUAUAGUGUAUAUUUUUGUUAUUAAAUCUUAAUUUUCUGCUGCUUGUGACCUUUGUGCAAUUACAACUAACGUGACUGAAGAGUAACUAGAAUUCCAAGUAAACUGCACUGUUUACCAAACUGAUCCGUUUUCUGGGCACAACUUAUUACCAAAAUCACACUGCUUUUUGGCUAAACGGUAGGAUCAAGAACCAGCUCACUGGUAAUAACCUUUUUAUAAAAUUGGUAAUCUGUGCAAACAAAGGUAAUGGCAUUCAGUGCUGGAUAUCAAACUGUAAGUGAUGGUUUAUCUAGUUCAAAUUAAAGGUACUACAUAUACUAUCCUUGACACCUUGGGUGUGUCAGGUCAUUUUGAUGUUUUGAACACAGGAGCUGCUCUAAAGCUGCGAAGCAUAGAGGGAUUGUAUUUCAGUCAGUUACGAAGUGAAAGCUUCAAUCUGGUAAGUAGGUCACUUUCAUAUUUAGAUAUUUAUUAUCAUCUGGAAGAGUGGGCCUCCAUGUCCCAGAGAUGAAUCCAAUCCCCCAACAUACAGACUUCAGUGACAGACUUCAAUGAGGCUGUUCAGAUUUAGAUAAUUCCCCAGAGUAGCGGCAAUUCUAAAAAGCAUAUGCCUCUGGGCACAACCUGAGCCGAAAUGGUAAUGUAGCAUUUGCCUAAUGUUAACAAUUUUCUGUUCACUAAGGUAGAAAUGCAAAAAGUUCCUAAUAGCCAUUGGUGCCUGAAAAAAAUGGGCCUGGCAGCUAGGAUGCUGAGAAGGACAGGAGGCUGUUAGUGAUUUGCCUCUUGUAUGUGUUUCCUGAAAUCCCCAGUGCUUUCUGUGCUGUCAUGGCCUAGCAACAGAGGCAAGGAUGGGACUUUAUGGGAUUUAAAUAUCGGCCUUGUAAUCCAAGGCAUGUGUUAACUUUUCUCAUAGCCCUGGUGAAAGAUACAGCUACAGUCAUAUUUCGAUUAUAAAUGAGGACAGAGUGCUAGUGCACUCAGGUACUGCUAUCAGGCUUUCCACAGGCAUAUAGUUGGCCAUUGAGAACAGUAUGCUUGACUAGAUAGACCAUUGGCCUAAUCUAGCAGGCUCCUCUUACACUCAUGGUGUGAAGAAGAAGAAGAAGAAGAAGAGGAGGAGUUUGGAUUUGAUAUCCCGCCUUUCACUCCCUUUAAGGAGUCUCAAAGCAGCUAACAUUCUCCUUUCCCUUCCUCCCCCACAACAAACACUCUGUGAGGUGAGUGGGGCUGAGAGACUUCAGAGAAGUGUGACAGGCCCAAGGUCACCCAGCAGCUGCAGGUGGAGGAGCGGAGACGCAAACCUGGUUCCCCAGAUUUCGAGACUACCGCUCUUAACCACUACACCACGCUGGCUCUGUGAAAGCUGUGAAAGUUCAGACUUUAAAACAAAAGAAAAAGGAGUUCCACUGGAUAUUGAAAUCUUUGAAAGCAGAUUUUUAGAGACCCUAAAGUUAAUCAAGCUCUGUUUUAGAAUUGUUUUGAUUCUAUUAUUUUACAAAAUUUAUAUAAACCUGGAUGGUACUAAAACCUCUUAAGUGGUUUUGUUUGUUGUAAUCCCAAUAUGGGACCUGCUAGGUAGAUACAAUCUUAGAAAAUAAAGCAGACUUUAUUAAAAAGUUGGAACUAUACAAAAAUACAUAAAUUGCAUUGUGUUUAAUGAAUUAGCAGUGCAGUUCAAGGCAAGUGCAACUUUAUAAAGUGGUAGGAAAGGUUAGACCAGCCUGUGUCCUGUUUCCAAUAGCAUGCUUUCUAGUAAUACUUGGCUGGUAUUCUCAAUGUAGGGCUGGUAUAACCAUGACGAUAAGUAGGCCAUCAGGAGAUCUUGGUCAGCGGUAUGAGCAAUCUCUUGCACAAUAGUUUGCUUGAGUUUUAAUUCCUUUGAGUACAUGUUCAAGAGCUUUCCAGAAACUUCAUCUGAAAAAGAUAAAUUAAAUCAAGAAGUAGCUCUGGAAAUACAUAGGCAUUCCGAAUAUGGCUUAGGACAGCAAAUGAAGAGAAGAAUGUGCACCAACUUUGUCCCCACCCUCCUCUCAAUUAGAUGCUGUGUUUCCUAGCAACUGUCUGCAGUGGGAAAACAUCAUGUACCCCUGUGCACUUUGAAAGCCUGAUUUUUUUUUCAGGGUUUCAAAAUGCAUAGAUACAGCCAUGAUUCCAGGCGGCUUCCCUGCUGCAGACAGUUUGAUAGGGAACAAAUGGUGAAUGUGGUACCCUCAGAGUGCAUACUCUCAUAUGUAUUGACGAAGCCAUAAUUCAGAAUGCCUGAGUAGUGCUCUGAUUUUGCUUCAUAGUACAAAUGCUGAACAUACUACAUUGCUAGCUAGAUUGCUUGCCUAUAGUUUUUAAGCUUUAGAAUUAAUUAACUCCUCUUCCAUCCCUCAAGUUCCAUAUUUCUCCUGUUGCGCAAUUUUUAAAAAGCUUAUCUGGUUUCAACAUAUGGAAUUCUAGGAAUUGAUGUGGGUUGAUGAUGUGAAGCAUUCUCUCCUGAGAGCUAUAGUUGCCCUGUAGAGUUGCAAUUCAAGCAAUAUAAGCUAAAUUUAAUUUCUUUAGCUCACAGUAUUCCACUCUCAUUUUCAAAUGAAUAUGCUUCAGCAGAAAGAAAUAGCAGUAUCUCAUAAAGGAAGAAUUUACUUACAGAAGUAAGGAAUGGGCCAUGUGUGAAAGAAUGGUGUCUUCUGGUCUCCAUGAUAUGCUUCUAAGUCGCAGAUCCCUUUAGUAGUUGAACAUAGUUUUUCCAUUUUCUGUUGUAUUUUUGCCUAACAAAGUUUUAAAUGUCUGUGUAAGAAGCUAAUAUUUUGUAACCAACAGAACAAUCCUAACCAUGUCUAUUCAGAUGUCACAUUGAAUUUUAUGUUGGAACUGCCCUGAAAUCUGCAGAUGAAGAGCGAUAUACAAAUUUAAUAAACAAUAAUAAUUA